AUGACUAUUGUUAAAAUAUGUGUGGAUAUUGAUGAUAUUAUUGUGAAGGUGCAUGAGUUCUUUAAUGGGUUUAUAAAUGUUGAAGACACGUCGGGGCUUGGACUUUUCAAACGACUAGAAGAUAUUUUGAUUGACCUGCACCUCAAAAUUGAUGAUAUAAGAGGACAAGGUUAUGACAAUGACUUCAAUAUGAAAGACAAUGUUAAUCGUGUUAGUAAAUUGCUUCAACAAGAAGAUAUGGAAAUUGAUGAUGCAAUUACAAGAUUGAAGGAACUUAUUAUAUAUUUUGAAAAUGUUAGAGAAUGUGGUUUUGAAGAUUUGAUGGAGGAAGCUAGAACACUUGCACGUAAAGUUGGCAUUGAUCCCGUGUUUGUUCAAAAAAGAGUUUCUCGAAGACCGAAGAAAUUUGAUGAGGGUGUGAAUGAUUAUGCCGAUGUUAAUCAAUCAUUAGAGGAUAAAUUUAGAAUUACAUAUUUUUUUUGCAUUAUAGACCAAGCUCUUACAUCGCUUCGGGAUCGGUUUGAACAACUUGAACGUUUUGAAGAAAUCUUUGGAUUUUUGUUCAGUAGAAAAUUCAAAAGUGUUAGUGAAGAGCAAUUGAGGCAGGAUUGCACUAAAUCAGAAAAUUUCUUGAAACACAAUCAACAAAUGGACAUUGUUGGGGAUGCGUUAUUUAAAGAGCUUAGUAAUUUGAAAACAAUGUUAUCGGAAAAAGUAAAAAGUUCAAUUGACAUCCUUAAUUUUACAAGGUCAUUAUGGGAAGCAGGUUGUUUUCAAAAUAUAGGGAUCGUUUAUCGAAUUUUGUUGACUAUUCCAGUUACUGUUGCUUCAGCAGAGAGGAGUUUUUCCAAGUUGAAGUUGAUAAAGUCUUACUUACGAAGGUCGGCCCUGCCAAUGACUACGGAUGUUAAUAUUGAAUUUGAAAAGGAUGUUGACGUUAACUAUGAUACAGGGUUAUGGGGAAAUAUGAAUGAUUCAAAAAGGAUAAUGUUAGUUCAACGAGGUCCUAUUAAGAUUUAA